AUGCGGCAACAACAACAACAAAUUAUAUAUCAGAAUGGUAAACAACAACUACAACAAAAGCAACAACAACAUCAACAAGAACAGAAUGCAUAUCUACAUGAUGAACCACAACAACAACCACAUCAGCAACAACCACAUCAGCCACAUCAACAGCAGCAGCAACUACAGCAACCUCAGAACCCACAAGACCUAUUCAUAAUAAGCUCGGACGACAUUGAGAUCGCGACAGAAACUGAAGUUAACACUACAGAUAUAAACAUCGGCGACCUUAAAACUAGUGGUAGUAGUAGUAGCGGUAGUAGUAGUAGUAGUAGCAGCAGCGAUAUUAGUGGUAGUAGUAGAGGUAGUGAAAGUUGUGGCAGUUGUGAGAAUUUUAGUAAUAGUUGUGGUAGUUGUGGUAGUUGUAGUAGUGGUAGUAGUGGUCUGAGAAGUGGUAGUAGUGGUCUGGGAAGUAGUAGUAGUGGUCUGGGAAGUAGUAGUAGUAGUGGUAAUAGCAGUCGUGGAAGUAGAGGUAGUAGCGAAAGUAGCAGUUAUAGCUACGGUAGUGGUAGCAGUCGUCGCGAAGGCGGUCGCCACAACGGACACUCCACAGCGAUAUCUUUGAACGGUCUCGCACUGUCGCAAGAAGACGAAUUCGCAAACUUUUUUGACAGUUAUGGCGACGGUAAUGAUGAUGAUGAUCAUGAUGAUGAUCAUGGUGAUGAUCAUGAUGAUGAUAGAAAUAGUGCUGGAACGUUAAGCGUGGCCGAUGAUUAUGAUAAUGAUGAAGCUGUCGAUGAUAGUAAUGAUACUGUAGACGAUGAUGAUAAUGAUGUCAGCAAGAAUUGCCGACUUGACCUAUUUAAGCAGUUUUUAAACUUCGAAUCAACGUUAUUACCAACAUCAUGCCUCACUCCGAACGACCAAUCACGAACGACUUCUACUGACUUUCCUCAUCUCUCAUUGGUCGAUUCAAAACAGCCCCCGAACUCGAGCGACCAAUCAAAUAUCGACCAUUCGAAGGCUACGAACCUACUGGCGAAUAAUUGCCGCAAAUCUGCACGAAUCGCGGCGAAAAUUAGGCGAAAGUUAACUGACGACGAUUUCAGUUGCGGAGAUUUUAAAAACUUUCCUGACAACAAAAAAUUAUCGGAGUCAAUUUUUUAUAACCGGAGUUAUAACAACAACAAUAACAACAACAAUAACACUAACAACAACAAUUAUACUAAUAACAACAACAACAACAACAAUAUAGCUAACAACAAUAACACUAACAACAACAAUUAUACUAAUAACAACAACAAUAUAACUAACAACAAUAACAGUUAUAAUAAUAAUAACAACAAUAAGAACAGCACUAGAAAGAGUACUCGAAGAAAGUCAUUUAAAAAAUACGAAGAUGAUGAUUAUGAUAAUGGGGGUGAUUGUGACGAUGACGAUGAAGAUUACUUCCUUAACGGAAGUAGUUACAAGAGAAAAAAUUGUAGUAGCGGUGGUGGUAGGAAAGAGAGAAUUGAAACAGCAGAAGAACAGGGAAGCGGCCAGGAAGUGCAGGUUGAAGCAGAAGAUAAAACUGGAUGA